AUGGUUGCUGUUGACGACGGUUGGAGUUGUGGCCCAGUUACUGGUCAUGUUGACGACGGUUGGAGUGGUGGCCCAGUUACCGGUCCUGUUGACGACAGUGGGAGUGGUGGCCCUGCUACGGGCCCUGGUGAUGACAGUGGGAGUGGUGGCCCUGCUACGGGUCCUGGUGACGACAGUGGGAGUGGUGGCCCUGCUACGGGUCUUGGUGAUGACAGUGGGAGUGGUGGCCCUGCUACGGGUCUUGGUGAUGACAGUGGGAGUGGUGGCCCUGCUACGGGUCCUGGUGACGACAGUGGGAGUGGUGGCCCUGCUACGGGUCCUGGUGAUGACAGUGGGAGUGGUGGCCCUGCUACGGGUCCUGGUGACGACAGUGGGAGUGGUGGCCCUGCUACGGGUCUUGGUGAUGACAGUGGGAGUGGUGGCCCUGCUACGGGUCCUGGUGACGACAGUGGGAGUGGUGGCCCUGCUACGGGUCUUGGUGAUGACAGUGGGAGUGGUGGCCCUGCUACGGGUCUUGGUGAUGACAGUGGGAGUGGUGGCCCUGCUACGGGUCCUGGUGAUGACAGUGGGAGUGGUGGCCCUGCUACGGGUCUUGGUGAUGACAGUGGGAGUGGUGGCCCUGCUACGGGUCCUGGUGAUGACAGUGGGAGUGGUGGCCCUACUACGGGUCCUGGUGAUGACAGUGGGAGUGGUGGCCCUGCGGUGGAGGUCACCCUUGAGGUGUGGCACACCCGCCUGGCCCCCAGGGAGAGGCACUGUGCCACGGUGAACAGCCUCGGUGAACAGCCACGGAGAACAGCCACGGAGAACAGAGAUGGAGAACAGCCAAGGGCAGCUCCGAAAGGCAGCACCAGAAGGCAGCACCAGAAGGCAGCAGCAAAGGGCAGCAGCAGAGGGCAGCACCGGAGGGCAGCAGCAGAGGGCAGCAGCAGAGGGCAGCAGCAGAGGGCAGCACCGAAGGGCAGCACCGGAGGGAAGCAGCAGAGAGCAGCACCAGAAGGCAGCAGCAAAGGGCAGCAGCAGAGGGCAGCACCGGAGGGCGGCAGCAGAGGGCAGCAGCAGAGGGCAGCACCGGAGGGCGGCAGCAGAGGGCAGCAGCAGAGGGCAGCACCGGAGGGCAGCAGAAGAGGGCAGCAGAAGAGGGCAGCAGCAGAGGGCAGCAGCAGAGGGCAGCAGCAGAGGGCAGCAGAAGAGGGCAGCAGCAGAGGGCAGCAGCAGAGGGCAGCAGCAGAGGGCAGCAGAAGAGGGCAGCAGCAGAGGGCAGCAGCAGAGGGCAACACCGGACGGCAGCACCGGAGGGCAGCAGCAGAGGGCAUCAGCAGGGGGCAGCUCCGAAAGGCAGCAGUAGAGGGCAGCUCCGAAGGGCAGCAGUAG